GAAAGAGUAAAGAAGCAACUGAGACCCAAAGGAAGACCCUUCAGGCAGGAGCAGAGGUGCAAAGGCCUUGAGGUUGGCUUUUCUGCCAGGAGCCUGGGGAGUUUGGAGAGAGUGAGGAGGAGGAGGAGCUGAGGAUGCCUGGGUUCCAACCCUGGUGUGCUGGUGGCCCUGGUCCUGUGGAACUUGAGGAAGGAGGUGCUCUUACCAGUCCAUGCCCUCCCCAGGAAGCAGAUGCCUACAAUAGCCAGGAUUGACCGGCAGCAGCCCAAGUCAGGGGUGUGACUGUCAGGAUGAGUGAGGAAGCAUGCCGGACGCGGAGUCAGAAACGAGGCCUUGACCUGGGCCCAACAGAGGAUGAUGUGGAGAGCAAGAGAGUAAAAAUGGAGAGAGGGCUGUCAGCUGCAGACCUGAAGACGGACGGAGAUGCGAGAGGCACACCGGAGCUGGGAGGAGGCCAAGCCCCAGCUCCAGGACUGCCGAGGGCAGCCGAGGCCGUGGGCAGAGGCGAAGGGCUGUUGGGAGACGGGCCUGUGGACAUGCGCACCUCACACAGUGACAUGAAACCUGAGAGGAGACCCCCCUCGCCCGAUGUGAUCGUGCUAUCUGACAACGAGCAACCCUCCAGCCCACGAGUUAACGGGCUGACCAAGGUGGCCUUGAAGGAGACCAGCACUGAGGCGCUUCUGAAAAGUAGUCCAGAAGAGCGGGAGAGGAUGAUCAAACAGUUGAAGGAAGAGCUGAGACUAGAGGAAGCAAAGCUUGUCUUGCUGAAGAAGCUGCGGCAGAGUCAAAUCCAGAAGGAAGCCACUGUGCAGAAGCCGGCGGGCGCCGGGAGUGCUGUAACCACCCCUCCCCCGCUUGUGCGGGGCACCCAGAACAUUCCUGCCGGCAAGACAUCCCUUCAGACCUCUUCAACCCGAAUGCCCGGCAGUGUCAUCCCGCCACCCCUGGUACGCGGUGGGCAGCAGGUGUCCUCUAAGCUGGGGCCUCAGACCAGCUCACAAGUUGUCAUGCCCCCACUUGUCAGGGGUGCCCAGCAAAUCCACAGCAUCAGGCAGCAUUCCGCAACUGGGCCACCACCCCUCCUCCUGGCCCCCCGGGCCUCUGUGCCCAGCGUGCAAAUUCAGGGACAGAGAAUCAUCCAGCAGGGACUCAUUCGUGUGGCCAACGUUCCCAACACCAGUCUGCUCGUCAACAUCCCGCAGCCCACGGCAGCAUCACUGAAGGGGACGACGGCCGCCUCUGCUCAGGCCAACUCCACCCCCACCAGUGUGGCCUCUGUGGUCACCUCUGGUGAGUCUCCAGCAAGCCGGCAGGCCGCUGCCAAGCUCGCCCUGCGCAAGCAGCUGGAGAAGACGCUGCUGGAGAUCCCGCCGCCCAAACCCCCCGCCCCGGAGAUGAACUUCCUGCCCAGUGCCGCCAACAAUGAGUUCAUCUACCUGGUGGGACUGGAGGAGGUGGUGCAGAACCUACUGGAGACGCAAGCAGGCAGGAUGUCGGCCGCGGCCGCCGUGCUGUCGAGGGAGCCCUACAUGUGCGCACAGUGCAAGACGGACUUCACGUGCCGCUGGCGGGAGGAGAAGGGUGCCGUCAUGUGCGAGAACUGCAUGACGUCCAACCAGAAGAAGGCCCUCAAGGUAGAGCACACCAGCCGCCUGAAGGCCGCCUUCGUGAAGGCCCUGCAGCAGGAGCAGGAGAUCGAGCAGCGCCUGCUGCAGCAGGGGGCUGGUGCGGCCCCCGCCGCCGCCAAGGCUGAGCCUGCCACUGCCCCACACCCCGCGCUGAAGCAGGUCAUAAAACCCCGGCGUAAGUUGGCGUUCCGCUCAGGAGAGGCCCGCGACUGGAGUAACGGGGCUGUGCUACAGGCCUCCAGCCAGCUGUCCCGGGGCUCGGCCACAGCGCCCCGUGGAGUCCUGCACACCUUCAGUCAGUCACCCAAACUGCAGAAUGCAGCCUCCGCCACGGCCCUGGUCAGCAGGACCGGCAGACAUUCCGACAGAGCAGCCGGCACUGGCAAGGGCACCUCCAACUGGAAGAAGACACCCCUGAGCUCAGGUGGGACCCUUGCCUUCGUCAGCCCGAGCUUGGCGGUGCACAAGACCUCCUCAGCCGUGGACCGGCAGCGAGAAUACCUCCUGGACAUGAUCCCGCCACGCUCCAUCCCCCAGUCGGCCACCUGGAAAUAGUGCAGCCGGGCCCAGCGGGGGACAGGCGCUCCUCCCUCCCGUGCCCCAGGCCAGGACAUGCUGCGCGGGCUGCACUGCCCAGGCCAGACCUCGGCUCUUGGCUGCAGCCUCUUGGGGCUUCUCAGAGGAUGAGGAACAGAACUGAGGGACCUUCCCCGCGGGCUUCCUUCCUCUCUCUUUGCCUUUAGUUUGCCCGACACCAGCAGAAGUGCGGACCUCGGGGCUGGCUCCGCCCCGCCCUCCUCCGGCCCAGCAGGUGCGGGCAGCUCACCCGGACACUGUGACACGCCAGGCGAGGCUGGCGCCUGGGGCUUCUGAAGCAGAGCGGGCGUUUGUGUUCUUUUUGCUUUUCCCCGUCUUAGGUUCCUGAUCGUUGACUGCCUCCCUUCAUGGCAAUCUAUAGGUUGAAAGAUUUUUUUUUUUUUUUUUUAUCACCUCAUGAUGAUGGAAUUCAAAGUAAACCGUGCAGACCUGGGGUCCCUGUCCUGCACAGCAUAGUCCUGGCAGGCCCACUCGCUGGACAGCAGGCCACUGACAGCACAGCCCUGCAGGGAUGGCCCAGUUGACUGACAGGCACAGGUGGCCGGCCAGCCCCCGUGCCGGCCGAGGGCCUCCGUUGCUGCUUGUUCUGUUUGGAGACCCCGGACUUCCAACACUUGGCAGAAGAACAGACUGCAGCCCAGACCCGCCAGACCCAGGGAUCCCCAGAAGGAAGGCGAUGCCCGCCCGCCACAGAAAGCUGGAGGGGAGGCUGCGUGGGGGUUUUGUUGUUGUUGUGGUUUAUUUUAUUAAAUCUUUCCCUUUUCUUUUCCUGCUCAUUUUGAUGGACACAAUGUCAAGCCAGCCUGCACUGCACAUCACCAGUGCCCAGCGUGCACAGGUGUCUGGAGCCCCUUCUGCAGGCUGGGGCGCCGUCAGGGUUCUCUUCAGACUUGUCCUUUUCCUUCCUCCUUAGUCGACAGAAAGGUUUUUUAAAGGAUCAGGUCUGCUUUAGUUCUCGUUUUGAUCCUUCCCCUCCCACUCUUGAAUCAGUUCCGGGAGGAAAGGUGGAAGCUGUCCUGUGUCCACCACUCAUGGCUGGCACAGGUGCCCUGUGUGGUCUCUGUUCCCAGUUCCACUCCAGCCCCGGUUCUCCCGUUUGCAGUUCGGGACGUUAAUUUAAAGCCUUCCUCUGUAGGAUGCCUUCCAGACCCUGCCGCAGCUCUAAUAAAGCUCAUUUAACCAUCUCAGGCGUGAUGCCCUCGGUCUCCAGGGAGCGUUUGUCGCCCACACAGGACCUAGCUUUGGGGAGCGUUUGUGUUUGAUGCCCAGCACCACGUCACUGAGUUGUGUGUUGAGUGUUGGGCUGCAGGAGGAGAGGGCAGGCUGAGGAAGGGUGGCUUCCAUUCCAACCAGGGAUUUGGGGGAAAGGAGGGGAAUUCACGGUUUUUUUUGUGGGGGUGUGGGAGUUUUUACACCAAAAACAAAAAAAAAAAAUGGAGUAUGCAAGCAUUUCUCUUCCUCGCAUUUUCUGUGUGCCUGGCAAAUAAACACCUGUCUUCUACUACCCUGAGCUGCUGGCCCUCUCUGUUCAGUGACACAGGCCACAUUUUCCACUCGUCACACAGGAGCAGCAGGCGUGGUGGCCUCUUUCUGCUGAGAGGCUUCCCAGCAACAGACCCCAUUUCCAUGCCAUCCCCCAAAGUGCUGGGUCCUGGGAGCAUGAGAACGUGGGCAUCCCAGCCAUGUCACCCUGCACCAGACGGGUGUCUCAGGGACCCCCCAGCUUGAACUGGUGGCCUGAGGG